AUGCAUGAGCGGCGUGCCUAGACCAAGCGGGGGCUGGGCGAGGAUUGGCUGGAGGGGCUGUAAUUCAGCGGUUUCCGGAGCUGCGGCGGCGUAGACGGGGAGGGGGAGCCUGGGGUUCCGACGUCGCCGCUGAGGGAGAGAGCCCGAACCGGAUCCCUGACGAGCACCCCAGUUCCGCGCUCUCCCCACUUCUGCCAAGGGAGACUCCGCGGCCUGAGGGAACCCCGCGGCCCGCACCCAGGCGCAAGCGCAGCCCCGGCCAGUCGGGCCUCAGCCCGAGCAGCAGUUGUGACCCCUGAUUCCAGCAGCAUGGCCCAAUGGAAUCAGCUCCAGCAGCUGGACACACGGUACUUGGAGCAGCUCCAUCAGCUGUACAGUGACAGCUUCCCCAUGGAGCUGCGGCAGUUUCUGGCCCCUUGGAUCGAGAGUCAAGAUUGGGCAUAUGCGGCCAGCAAAGAAUCACAUGCGACUUUGGUGUUUCAUAAUCUCUUGGGAGAAAUUGACCAGCAGUAUAGCCGCUUCCUGCAAGAGUCCAAUGUUCUCUAUCAGCAUAAUUUGCGAAGAAUCAAGCAGUUCCUUCAGAGCAGAUACCUUGAGAAGCCAAUGGAGAUUGCCCGAAUUGUGGCCCGUUGCCUGUGGGAAGAGUCCCGCCUCCUCCAAACUGCAGCCACUGCAGCCCAGCAAGGGGGCCAGGCCAACCACCCCACAGCCGCCGUGGUGACAGAAAAGCAGCAGAUGCUGGAGCAGCACCUGCAGGACGUCCGCAAGCGUGUCCAGGAUCUAGAACAGAAGAUGAAAGUGGUAGAGAAUCUCCAGGAUGAUUUCGAUUUCAACUAUAAAACCCUCAAGAGUCAAGGAGACAUGCAAGAUCUGAAUGGAAACAACCAGUCGGUGACCAGGCAGAAGAUGCAGCAGCUGGAACAGAUGCUUACUGCCCUGGACCAGAUGCGGCGCAGCAUCGUGAGUGAGCUGGCGGGGCUUUUGUCAGCGAUGGAGUAUGUGCAGAAAACUCUCACGGAUGAAGAAUUGGCUGACUGGAAGAGGCGACAACAGAUUGCUUGCAUUGGAGGCCCUCCUAACAUCUGCUUAGAUCGGCUAGAAAACUGGAUAACCUCGUUAGCAGAAUCUCAGCUUCAGACCCGCCAACAAAUUAAGAAACUGGAGGAGCUGCAGCAGAAGGUUAGCUACAAAGGGGACCCCAUUGUACAGCACCGGCCAAUGCUGGAGGAGAGAAUCGUGGAGCUGUUUAGAAACUUAAUGAAAAGUGCCUUCGUGGUGGAGCGGCAGCCCUGCAUGCCUAUGCAUCCUGACCGGCCGUUAGUCAUCAAGACCGGUGUCCAGUUCACAACUAAAGUCAGAUUGCUGGUUAAAUUCCCUGAGCUAAAUUAUCAACUUAAAAUUAAAGUGUGCAUUGACAAAGACUCCGGGGACGUUGCAGCUCUCAGAGGGUCCCGUAAAUUUAACAUUCUGGGCACAAACACGAAAGUGAUGAACAUGGAAGAGUCUAACAAUGGCAGCCUCUCAGCGGAGUUCAAACACUUGACCCUGAGAGAGCAGAGGUGCGGUAAUGGGGGCCGAGCCAACUGCGACGCCUCCCUGAUUGUGACCGAGGAGCUGCACCUGAUCACCUUUGAGACUGAGGUGUAUCACCAAGGCCUCAAGAUCGACCUAGAGACGCACUCCUUGCCAGUGGUGGUGAUCUCCAACAUCUGUCAGAUGCCCAACGCCUGGGCGUCCAUCCUGUGGUACAACAUGCUGACCAAUAACCCCAAGAACGUGAACUUUUUCACCAAACCCCCGAUCGGAACGUGGGAUCAAGUGGCCGAGGUGCUGAGCUGGCAGUUCUCUUCGACCACCAAGCGCGGGCUGAGCAUCGAGCAGUUGACGACGCUGGCGGAGAAACUCUUAGGACCUGGUGUGAACUAUUCAGGGUGUCAGAUCACAUGGGCUAAAUUUUGCAAAGAAAACAUGGCUGGCAAGGGCUUCUCCUUCUGGGUCUGGCUGGACAACAUCAUUGACCUGGUGAAAAAGUACAUCCUGGCCCUUUGGAACGAAGGGUACAUAAUGGGCUUCAUCAGCAAGGAGAGGGAACGGGCCAUCUUGAGCACUAAGCCCCCAGGCACCUUCCUGCUGAGAUUCAGUGAAAGCAGCAAAGAAGGAGGCGUCACCUUCACCUGGGUGGAGAAGGACAUCAGUGGUAAGACCCAGAUCCAGUCAGUGGAACCUUACACCAAGCAGCAGCUGAACAACAUGUCAUUUGCCGAAAUCAUCAUGGGCUAUAAGAUCAUGGAUGCCACCAAUAUCCUGGUGUCUCCGUUGGUCUAUCUCUACCCCGACAUUCCAAAGGAGGAGGCAUUCGGAAAGUACUGUCGGCCAGAGAGCCAGGAGCAUCCCGAAGCUGACCCAGGUAGUGCUGCCCCAUACCUGAAGACCAAGUUCAUCUGUGUGACACCAACGACCUGCAGCAAUACCAUUGACCUGCCGAUGUCCCCCCGCACUUUAGAUUCAUUGAUGCAGUUUGGAAAUAAUGGUGAAGCUGCUGAGCCCUCAGCAGGAGGGCAGUUUGAGUCCCUCACGUUCGACAUGGAGCUGACCUCGGAGUGCGCUACCUCCCCCAUGUGAGGAGCCGAGGACGGAAGCUGCAGAGAGAGAUGACGGAUGUACCAACCCAUGUUCCACCAGCCCUUACACAGCCCAAGCCCAGAUCAACUCAGCUCCCAACUUUGUGGUUCCAGAUUUUUUUUUUUUUUUCCAUCUCUCACUUUAGCUAUCUCUGAGCAAUCUGGGCACUUUUUUAAAAUAGAGAAAUGAAUGAAUGUGGGUGAUAUGCUUUUAUCUACAUGCAAAUAAGAAUACGCUCUCCACGACUGUGAUCAGGGGAUGUGGAAGGGGCGGCGAAAGGGAGAAAGAGGAAACAUCUUUUUUUUGCCCUCCUCCGCCGCCACCCCGGCCCCCUUUCUCAGCAGCUUGUUGUUGUUGUUGUAAGUCAAGUGCCUCCUGGUGCCCGCAGCACCCUUCUGCCUAUUCUGUAAGCUGAUGCCACGGGCUGCCUCUCGCCGCAUCCUCCCGGCACCACACUUUCAACCUUGCUAACGUCCAGAUAGAUGCUAGGACUUCCAAAGCCCCUAGGUUUCUUUUUAAUCUUAAGUAAUUUUUUUUAAGGGCAAAAGACACUGACUAUAUUGGCAUAGCUUCCUCUGUAUUUAAGAAAACUCAGUUAAUUUCCUCCUUGGUGCUUCAGGUAUUCAGCUUUCUUCAGGCCGAUAAUUUAUAUAACCCCUGACAUGAAUUUUAGAUCCAACCCUUAAAAGAUAUCUGAAGAUGCCUUUGGUUUGAAAUAGGAAGGUUGAAGGAGAUCCUAAAUAUUUUAGACUUUUUUUUUUUAAAUAAAGUUUUUAUUUCCCCCUUUAGCAUGUUGGCCUGUUUGUAGGUAAGGCUGGGCAGAGGGGCACUUACAACCUGAUCUCUCUUUCUCCCUGGGCUUCUCCUGUUGCCAAGUGUGGGCGGGUGUCCUAGAAGGGACAGGACAAUUCCUCCUUUUCCCAUCGACCUGAGCCCCUCUGCUGGGUGACUCCUUCCAGUGUCUAAAGGUCCCUUGUCCUGUUUGCUUUACGCACCUGGUCUUGGGACCUUUUUGGAUAAGAGGGAGACAGUUACAGGUUGAGCAUGAGUCAGACUACCGACCCCCAGUCAAGGGUCUAGUUGAGCUCCGGGAAUAUGGUUCUUAUCCCGGUUUCUUGGAGAUUUCCUGCUGCCCCUGUAAUCACUUCUUCACUCUGUCAAGCGAGGGGCAAAGGCUUAGUGAUAAGCUCGGGGUCCGUCUGUUGUGUGAGGGAGUGUACACUCCCACCUCCCCCUAGCACUGGUGACUGUCUCCUCCCCAUAGGGGCCCUACAGUUAGGCAGGACAACUGCAUGUACUGUGCAUCUCAGAACACAGGUAGCAUGGGGGAUGGUCUCUGAUGCGGGGCCUCUCAGACCCAGAAGCACGGCUAGAUUGGGUUGGCUACAGCCGCCUUGUUUCAGUUGACCAGAGUUUCUAGGGAUGCUAUGCGUUACACCCAAAUUCGCCAAUUUUUGAAGGGGAUAAGACCUUCUCUCCAAGACAAACAGGGGUUGACAGGUAAUGCAGAGAGAUCCCCCUCCGACUCUCUAGAUGGAAAUAAGCUUAACGUGAGGGACCUGGGGCAAGAAUCCGGGCUUUGCUGGAGCAGAAAUGGUAAAACCCGUGGCUUUUAGGUCAUGUGACUAUCUGGUUUUAACCCUGAUUUUAGCAAAAGCCUUGAAAGGAGCUGAGACCCUCCCUUAAAGAACCCCAUCCUCCAGGACCUGCCUGCAUUCUCUCUGCCAGCCCCCUGUCCAGCCAAGGGAUUCCCAAGGAUGCCUAACCUACCCACAGGGUGGUUUGUGAGAUGCUGUCCUGGCCACUGCAUUCAAAUUCCAAUGUAUACUUACUUAAUAGUGUAAAAAUUUAUAUUAUUAUGUUGUGUGUGGUUUUUUUUUUUUUUUUUUGUAUAUUGCUGUAUCUACUUUAACUUUCAGAAAUAAAAGUUAUAUAGCAACCCUCCCA